AGCCACACGCCCAGAAGGUGUGGCUAGUUGUGGUGAAUCUACAAAGAUGAACGUUGAGCAUGAGGUAGAGCUUUUGGUUGGUGAAAUAAAGCGGCUAGGGACACAGAAUGCUGAUGGACAGUACGUUGUUACCUUUGGGACCUUGUUUGCUGAUGACAAAUGUGCUAAUCUGUUCGAGGCUUUGGUUGGUACCCUGAAAGCUGCCAAGAGGAAGAAGAUUGUGAAAUAUGACGCGGAAAUACUUCUUCAAGGAGUACAUGAUGGAGUCGAAAUCACUUUGCUUAAGGAAUAACUGUUUCUUUUAUUGUAAUAUUAGUGGCUUUUUAGUUGAUUUUAGUUGAUUUUUUAGAUUUUUCUUGAUUUUAAACUCUAUAAA